AUGGCCGCAUAUCGUGACCAAAAGCCCUCGACGACUCAUCUCAACGCGCCGCUCGCUUAUGAUGGUGGCUUUGACUCCCACGUAGUCGUCGCGAGCCGGCCCAGCCGACUCGCUUGGACGGCCGGCAUCAUAGGGAAGAAGCCCGACGGCUCUCUGCCGGAGAAGUUCAGUGACCAAGUGAAGCUCGCAGUCGAGAAUCUGCUUGAAGCAAUGAAAGCGGCGGGGAUUUCUCGGCAGCAUUUGGUGCAAAUCAACAUGUACGCCGUCGACUGGUCGCCGGAGAAGGCCGCCGAAAUGCAGCCUCACAUUGCAAAGCUCCUCGUCCACGGUGACGCCGCCGUUCGACCCGCCUCCAUGCUCAUACCGGUCGGUUCACUGGCGUAUCCGGGCCUCAAGUUCGAGAUUCAAGUCUCGGCAGCGGUGCCAGGUCUCAGCCGGCCAUGGCAGCCGGGAAAUGCCGCUGUGACAUACCCGAUCCCGCUCCGGAAAGUCGAUGUCGUCAUAGUCGGGGCCGGAUUUUCGGGCCUCAUGGCCGCGAAUGACCUUCAGGCCGCUGGCUUUACGACACUUGUUUUCGAAGCUCGCCACCGAAUCGGAGGGCGGAGCCACACGCAUCAGCUCUCCAGUGGGCCGGGACACAUCGAACUGGGAGCUACUUGGAUCAACAAGACAACUCAAACAAAGAUAUACGGCCUUGCUAAAAAGUUUGGUUUAGAGCUUGUUGAGCAGUGCUUAUCUGGAGAGGCUAUCAUUGAGCUUCCAGACGGAACCACAAUUCGGACAGCUCCUGAUGGAAUCGGCCAGGGAACCGACGAAACAAUACUGCAAGCUUUGGAGCAAGCAGCGACCGAAGUUGACGGUGCUACGAUUAAUAUUCGCGAUCCCUCUUGCUGGCCGAAAGAACUCGAUGUUUCCAUGGAGGAGUGGAUGACGCUCAGAGGACUCAGCAACAUGGCUAGACUUUUCGUGAACUCUAUCUUGCUAGUCAGCUUCGGCCGGCCUGCUGGUCUCAUCGGUGCCCACUAUGCGCUGGAUUACCUCAAGUCUGCCGGGGGGUGGGAGAGCGUCUCCUCCGAUGGGCCGAAGGGGUUGCAGAAUCUGAAAAUUCGGGAAGGAACCUCUGCCAUUGCUCAUGGUCUAGCCGCGGAGAUGACACCCGGAUCUAUUCUUCUUGAAAGCCCGGUGAAGAACAUCCAUCAAUACGACGACCAUGUCAUCGUCACAACUGGCCACGGCGAGGCCGUACAAGCCAAGAAGGUCAUCAUGGCUAAUCCAACUAACACAUAUGGAUAUAUCGACUUCAUGCCGCCAUUGCCAUUCCCCAAGGCAGCUCUUGUUUCUCAGACGUUGCCGGGAGUUUACGCUAAAGUGGUUUUGACUUACGCCAAGCCCUGGUGGAGAGAGAUCGGUCUUGUCGGGAAGUUCAUCAGCUCAGUAGGCCCUAUCUGCUUCUCGUGGGAUAUAUCUGACCUGAAAACUCCCCACUACUCCCUCGCGGUCUUCGUUGUAGGGCCUGUAGCUGAAGAGUGGCAUAAGCUGAAUGCGCUUCAAAGGCGGCAGUCAGUCAUUGAUCACCUCAAUCGUCUUGUCGGGCCGGAGUAUGGCCACUUGGCCUACGAAGUGGUUGAGGUUAACGAGAUGGAAUGGACCAAGGAGGACUACAUCGGCGGGGCGCCAACGUCAUGCAUGGGACCUGGCCUUCUAUCUAGUUACGGUGCCCAUUUCCGUACGCCAUUCAAAAAUGUUCACUUUGCUGGCGGAGAAACCAGCUACGAGUUCAAGGGGUACAUGGAGGGGGCUCUGUUGGCUGGGUCGAGGGCAGCUGAUGAGGUCAAGGCAUUAUUGAAGUCCGGGGUGUCUUUCGCUGGGAAACUUUGA